AUGCCAUCAGAGAGCAUCUUCGGAUUCCCAAAAUAUCCACCGUUUCGGCUAAACAGUCCUCGUUUUCCACAAGGCACCUUUUUAGGAAGAUACCUGCAUUAUCUUGACGUCAUUGAUCCCACUACACUAUUAGUAUCAGAUAAACGCUUGCAUGAGUGCGUUCAACUUCUGGAAAACUGGCAGAACGGUGAUCACACUUCUACCGAUAGGGAGCUAUGGCGAGCGCAGAAAAUCAAACAGGCCAUUCUGCAUCCUGACACCGGUGAAAAGGUGCUUCCUCCUUUCAGGAUGAGCGGAUUUGUACCUUUCGGCUGGAUAACAGUGACAGGUAUGCUGUUGCCGAACCCGAGCUGGCCCACUUUACUGUUCUGGCAAUGGUUGAAUCAGUCACACAAUGCCUGCGUGAACUAUGCGAACAGAAAUGCUACCCAGGUGCAGCACUUUUCCAAAAUAUGA